UCCAUUUCUCAUUAAAAUGAAUAGUGUGUUGGUUAUUCUGUUACCCUCGUGGUCUUGGAGGUGCCUAUGCUCGUGUUUUUGCAAGGAAAUGAUUUAUUGGGGUGCUUGAAAGCAAAUGGCGUGAGAUUAGUGGGAGAAUGUGAUACUUGGAUGGAAGAAUUUAUGUAGCAUGAAAUGUCUAAUGCAAUUUGUGUGCAAAACUUUCUCAAUCGUGUGGAAACCUUUUUAACAGUUUCAGUGUGAAAAUCGUCACUAUAUGCAAAUAUGUGGGAAAUUCACAAGAUUGAUGUAAUUUACCUUCCACAACUCUUUGUAGCACCAUAUAUAUUCACUGGCAUAUGUGCCUGAUGGAUUUAGCCUGCUGGUUUGGUUAUGUCAGAUAGUAUUUUAAACUUUGUACAACAAAUGGAAGUCUGCUGGGUGUUAAGCAACUUUUAUGUAUAAUACUACAGUGAUAAAGGAGUGCAGAGGGGAAUGGUGCUCAUGGGCUCUUCUGCUAAAAAAGACAAAAUGGAGAAGCUCUCAGUUCCACCCGGUUUUGUGUCACUAACAUCCUUCAAGCUUAAGAGGGUAGAAAGUAGCGGAAAAACAUUUAGUUCUGGGGCUUCUGAGAGCGUGCUUGAACCUGCGUCAGCAGAGAUGGAUACUGCUUGCAACAUAGUUGACGCUGCAAAGCUUAAGAAGUCUCUUUGGCGUAGACCGUGGAUACUUUAUAAUCAAUUAACUCACAAUCCUGAGAAAUCUGACUCUGAACUGCUUGAUAUGAAUGUUCUUUCGAAGACUUGCCUUCCCAAAGGGGUGAUCCACAGCUGUUCAAGUUCUAGUAAUUGCCAGAAGUUUACAGCAAGGUGGCUUCCUGAAGAGGCACAUACUACUGUGCUGGAAGAGGCUCCCAUUUUCCACCCAACUGAAGAGGAAUUUAAAGACACACUUGAGUACGUUGCAAGCAUACGCCCACGAGUAGAGCCAUAUGGAAUUUGCCGCAUUGUUCCUCCUCCUUCCUGGCAACCACCUUGUCAUAUUAAGGAAAAGAACAUAUGGGAAAGUUCUAAAUUCACUGCCCGUAUUCAAAGGAUUGAUGAGCUUCAAACUUUGUAUUCAAAGAGAAGAGUACAUUUUCAUGAAAAGAUGAAGGGAAAAAGGAAGAGAACUUUGGGAAUGAGUUUGGAAUGUGGGUCUAGUGAUGGACAUGCCAUAAACCCUGAAGCUAGAUGCUAUACUAGGGUUUUUGAAUUCGAACCUGGUCCAGAGUUCACUCUGGAAACUUUCAAGAAAUAUGCAGAUGAUUUCAAGAUGCAAUAUUUUCGCAACAAAGAUGAAGUUGUAGAUCCAGAUGUCAAUUCUUCCGUGUCUCAAGAGCUGCAGGAACCAUCAGUGGAGAAUAUUGAGGGCGAAUAUUGGCGGAUUGUUGAGAAUCCCAGUGAAGAAAUUGAGGUGCUUUAUGGAGCUGACCUUGAAACUAGAGUUUUUGGAAGGGCAUUUCCAAUAGUGUCCAAUUCAGCAGAGACACCUGAUUAUCCUGAAUAUGUGGAGUCUGGUUGGAACUUGAAUAAUACCCCUAAGUUACCUGGUUCUCUUCUUGCUUUUGAAAAUUGUGAGACUUGUAGCAUUCUACUCCCUCGACUUCAUGUAGGAAUGUGCUUUUCAUCACUUUGUUGGAAUGUUGAAGAGCACCAUUUAUACUCACUCCAUUACUUGCAUUCGGGUGCUCCUAAAAUAUGGUAUGGCAUCCCUGGAAGAUAUUCCAUUAUGUUUAAGGAAGCUGUGAAGAAGAACUUUUCAGAUUUGUUAGCAGAAUCUCCUCAAUUGCUUCAUAAGCUGGUCACACAACUCUCCCCGUCCACACUGAAGUCCUUGGGUGUACCUGUAUCCCACUGUGUGCAGUAUCCUAGGGAGUUUGUCCUUGUUCUCCCAGGGGCAUAUCAUUCAGCACUCGAUUGUGGCUUUAACUGUUCUGAAGUGGCAAAUUUUGCUCCCUUCGACUGGUUACCUCAUGGGCAGUAUGCUGUAGAACUCUAUAGCGAGCAGUGUAGAAACACAUUAAUCUCCCAUGAUAGGCUGUUGCUGGGUGCUGCCAUGGAAGCUGUGAGGGCGCAGUGGGAACUCUCUCUGAUAAAGAAGAAUUCCAUAGAUAAUCUGAGAUGGAAAAGUGUCUGCGGAAAGGAUGGAAUCUUAGCAAAAGCUUUCAGGUCGCGUGUUAAGCGGGAAGGCCGAAGGAUGGAAUAUCUUUGCAAUUCUUCACGGUUACGAAAGAUGGGGGACGACUUCGAUGCUACGAGUAAAAGGGAAUGUGUUACAUGCCUUUUUGAUUUACACCUUUCUGCCACAGGUUGUCCAUGCUCCCCAAACAUAUAUUCUUGCCUAAAGCAUGCAAAACAUCUUUGUCCCUGUGCUUGGAGUGAUAAAUUUUUUCUUUUUCGAUAUGCAAUUAGUGAUUUAAAUGUGCUUGUUGAAGCACUGGAAGGGAAAUUAAGUGCAGUUUAUAGAUGGGCUAAAGAAAAUCUUGGGUUGUCUUUACAUUCAUAUGCCUCCAAAGAGACUUUGCGGGUACCUAGGCUUGGUGAUACAUCCUCUUCUGCUGAAGACUUGAAGCGAAGAAAAUUUAAUACCGAAAAUGCAGCUGCAGACGAUGGCUAUGAGAAAACAAAGGCAGCAGUGCCACAGGGAACAUCCUUGUGUAAUCUGAAAGAGAAUAAAAACACUUCUUUUACAGUUGGCUCAAGUGGUACCACAGAUGAAACCUCUUCUUUACAGAAUGAGAAGCCAUCCGAAGUGUUAACUGAUAAUGUGGGUUUCUUGCGUGCUUCAAAAUCUGAAAAAGAAAUUCCUGGUCUUGGCUUCCAGUUGAAGGGAAAGGAAAGCUUCUUUUCUGUUUCCUAUUCAAAUUCUCAUGCUCAUCUCAAUAAAGUGGUUGGUUCCUCUGGCAAGCAAAAUAUUGUUAAGUGCUCUCACACAAGUUUCAAAGAAGCUCCUUUAAGCAAUUUAGCUUCUGAGAAACAAACAACUGAAAAAUCUUCGCCUUGCUAUCAAAAUAAUGCUAUUCUUCUAAGUGAUGAUGAGGGUGAGGGGCAAUAAGUGUAUAGUAUUGUGAAUAGGACUUGAUAAUUCUAAGUUAUCGCAGUUAUACUGCUUAGGGAACAUGAUUUUAGAUGAUAGCUUUAACGUAAAGCUGAUCUCAGCGGUCUGUAUCUUCUGUUGUUGAUUGUUAUAAUUAUUGAUAGCCGUUUCCAAAAAUUGUUAUUGGAGACAAAGAUUGAGGUAUUCAAUGCAUAUUAGUUCACUACAAAUUUUAAACUUGUGAGUUCCCUUCUCGGAAUCUGCUUUCUUGUUUCUUUAGAGAAACUCUUCCAGCCUUUCUUUUAGUACAAUGCCAGACCUAUAAGGAGUUGGCAACUUCUAAAGUUCAUGUUGAUGAGAAUGUAUUGAUGAUAUGAAAUGGUAUAAUAUUUGUUCAGAUUUCUCUUUCUGGACUCUCCUUAUGACAUUUAUAACAAGAAUUUAUUGAAGCUAAAUAUUGCCAAUACUUCAGUCUUGGAAUUAUUCAGGUGUUGUAAUCGAUAGGUGACCUGCAUUUGGAGAGAGGAUGUAGGGCUCUUCUCAAGCAAUAUCUUCACAGGAUGAUUGCCCCUUACAGCACCAUUAGACAUGUCAGAAUCAUGUGGGUAAAUCUACUGGUGGAAGUUUUACUUUUGCAGUGAGGUUGGGUUCCAUCCUCCAAAAGGCUCACAACCCGUGACAAGUCGGACCCUUGAUUCCUCUCCACUAUAAAAUUUUGUAUUGUACUUUGCUAUGCUCUGCGUAUUUACUAUUUACAUUAUUCAGAAUACAACACUACACUAUUAUUAUAUCGACUGUGCGGCAUUAUUAUUGGGUUUCGUUGUCCAUUUAUAUUGAGGAUGCAACACUGAUUCAAAGUUUUUGCCUUUUUUAAGUAAUGUUACACAACCCGUGACAAGUCGGACCCUUGAUUCCUCUCCACUAUAAAAUUUUGUAUUGUUCUUUGCUA